AUGGCCGCGCGGAGCCCGGAUGAAAACCUACGGAGCGAAGCCUCCUGCUCCAUCUGCCUGGAAUAUUUCCGGGAUCCCGUGUCCAUCCACUGCGGCCACAACUUCUGCCGCGGCUGCAUCUCCCGCUGCUGGGAAUGGUCCACGGGCGACUUCCCGUGCCCGCGGUGCCGGGAAACGGCUCCGGAGCGGAGCUUCCGUCCCAACCGGGAGCUGGCGCGGGUGCUGGAGGUGGCCAAGAGGAUGAGCCUGGAGGUAUCCCGGGAGGAUGCGGCGGAGCCGGGCGGAUGCUCCAGGCACCGGGAGCCUCUCCGGGUUUUCUGCAAGGAGGACGCGGCCCUGCUGUGCGGAGUGUGCCGGGAAUCGCGGGCGCACCGGGCGCACGCCGUGAUUCCCGCAAUGGAGGCUGCCGAGGAAUACAAGGGACAAAUCCAGGCCCGGGUGCAGGUCCUGAAGGAAGAGCGAGACCAACUGCUGGCCCUGCGAGAGGCUGAAAUGGGAAGGAACUGGGAAUACCUGGAGAAGACCGAAGCGGAGCGGCGCCAAAUUCUGUCGGAAUUCCAGCGGUUGCGUCUCUUCCUGGAGGACCAAGCGCGGCAUCUCCUGGCCCAUCUGGGACAACUGGAUAGAGACAUAGAGAAAAUGCAGGAGGAAAACGUCACCAGCCUCACCAAGGAGAUCUCCCGCCUGGACACCUUGAUCCAGGACAUGGAGGAGAAGUGCCAGGAACCAGCAAGGGAAUUUUUGCAGGACAUCAGGAGCACCUUGAGCAGGUGCGAAAAGGGAAAUUUCCAGCAGCCCCCGUUGAUUCUUCCGGAGCUGGAGAAGAAAAUCAGUCACUUCAGGGACAAGACCCUCACUCUGAAGGAGACGUUGAGGAACUUUCAAGACAUCCUGAUGUUUGAGCUGCCUGAAAAGACGAAGGUGACUUUGGACCCCAGCACGGCCCAUCCCCAGCUCGUGGUGUCCGCGGACGGGAGCAGCGUGAGAUGGGAAGACGCUCAUGGAGAUCCGGACAACGUGGGCCUCAGCGCCGACCCCUGCGUGUUGGGACGCGAGGGAAUCGUCUCGGGACGGCUCUGCUGGGACGUGGAGGUGGAACCCAAAGGUUCCUGGGCUCUAGGGGUGGCCAAGCAGCCCACGAAGAGCACGGACCGGAGCAACGCGAGCCCCGAGGUUGAGCUCUGGUCCAUGGGUCUCUGCGAGGGCCAGUUUUGGGCUCUCACCUCCCUGGAGCGCACAGCGCUAUCCCGGAACCAGAUCCCCAGGAGGGUCCGGGUCUCCCUGGACUACGAGGGGGGACAAGUGGCGUUUUUUGAUGCCGAUACGAGGUCCCUCAUCUUUGCUUUCCCGGCAGCCUCUUUCCAUGGGGAGAGCGUCCAUCCCUGGUUCCUGGUCUGGAACGAGGGCUCCCAGAUCACCUUGUGCCCGAUUAAGCAUCAACAUGGGUCUGUAGUCACCUAUUUUGGGGACAUCAGCCACCCCCAAGGCCCAAACGCCCCCCGGAUCCACCUCGACUUCCCAAAAAUGUCUUCCCGCCAGGAAGCCCUCGCGGGCCAGGACGCAGGGCUCGAAGUCGAAUCUCUCCGGGUUGUCGGGAAGCUCCCGAGGAGCCAGGUGGCCCCGGGCUUCCUUCAGGUCCUCGGAGAUGCGGAGGAAUUUUCCCCGCUCCUCCUUGAGCGCCUGCAGACGGGCCUGGAUUUCUUCCUGAGCGAGAAGAUGCUCUUGGAAAAGGCCCAAAGGGGCAUCCCGGAAAAGAAGCGCUUCCCGUUUGGCUCCCUGGGAAAAGAAGCGCUUCCCGCAAUUCCGUACCUUGUAUUCCUGGGCGGCCUCUUCCACGGGCACCACGGCGUGGAAGCGAAGGAGGAGGAGGAGAAAGAGAAAGAGAGGGAGAAGGAAGAGGAGGAGGAAGACAGAGCCUUGGGAAGGAAACAAAUCCCACCCUUUUGGUCUCCAAACUGGCUUGGAGAAGGGGACAGACAUCCAGGACAGCCUCAAGGGUGUUUGGGACUUGCUGCCUUCGAGAUCUGGCCGGCGUCCGGGGCCCCGAGCGCCUCCGGAGCGGGAAGCCGGGGCUGCCCGGAGCUGUGCGAGAAGCACCAGGAGCCCUUGAAGCUCUUCUGCGAGGUGGACGAGGAGGCCAUCUGCGUGGUGUGCCGCGAGGCGCGGAGCCACAAGCACCACAGCGUGGUGCCCCUCGAGGAGGUGGUGCAGGACUACAAGAACAAACUCCAGAGCCACCUGGAGCCCCUGAAGAAGAAACUGGACGCGGUGCUGAAACAGAAAUCCAGCGAGGAGGAGAAAAUCACGGAACUGAGGGACAAGAUGAAGCUGGAGAUCAAGGAGCUGGAGUCGGACUUCGAGCUGCUGCACCAGUUCCUCAUCGGGGAGCAGGUCCUGCUGCUGCAGGCGCUGGAGGAGCGCUACGAGGGGCUGCUGGCGCGGCAGGGCCGCAACGUGGCCACCCCCGAGGAGCAACGCGGCGCCCUCGAGCGGCUCCUCGCCGAGGGCCCCGACAAAAUGCCCGGCCUGCAGCUCCUCCAGGACAUCAAAGGCACCUUUAUCAGGUGCGAGAACAUCAAAUUCCAGGAGCCGGAGAUGGUCCCGGUGGAUGUGGGCAGGAAAAACCGCAACUACUUCCUGCAGGACGUGGUGAUGAGGAAGAUGGAGAAGGUCUUCAGCAAAGUCCCUCAAGCCGACGUCACCCUGGAUCCGGACACGGCUCACCCCCGCCUGAGCCUUUCCCUGGAUCGCCGCAGCGUGAAGCUGGGCGAGCGGCGCCAGGAGCUCCCGGAGAAUCCCAAGCGCUUCGAUUCCGACUACUGCGUCCUGGGAUCGCAGGGAUUCAGCGGCGGCCGCCCCGGGCGGCCGCGGCGCUUCGGCGUCUACCUGGACUACGAGCGGGGCCAGUUGGGCUUCUACAACGCCGAGAGCAUGAGCCACAUCCACACCUUCAACGCCUCCUUCCACGAGCGCAUAUUCCCGUUUUUCCGCGUCCUGGCCAAGGGAACGCGCAUCAAAAUCUGCGCCUGA